AUGGGUGUCCGCCACGCCCGGAAGGCAUUGGCCGCCCCUUUGCGCCAGGCCUGUCUUCGCGCUCUUUCUACGCAGCCCACCUCGACAGGAGUACCCGAUCUCACGGAACCGACCCUCCAGUCUCCCAAUGCCAAUCCGCAACCUCCUCCCUCCAUAUUCAACUCCAAGAUCCGCGCCCCCGCGCGCCGGAAGAAGCCCGUAGCACCCGAUAACACCGUUGCGAACUACGAGAUGGCGCAGGAACUCAGGUCCCAAAUCGGCAAGGUGGGCACCAAAGUCCAGCGCACGUAUAGACCAGCAGACGUCUUCCUAAACCCCCCCGGACCAAAGGACGUUACGCUGGAGCUUCUCAUGGCGUCGCAGGCGCACAUGGGACACCACGCGUCGCUGUGGAAUCCCGCCAACGCGCGGUACAUCUACGGCAUCCGGCAGGGCAUCCACAUCAUCUCCUUGGAGGAGACGGCGGCGCAUCUACGGCGGGCGGCACGCGUGGUAGAAGAAAUCGCGUACCGCGGGGGUCUGAUCCUGUUCGUAGGCACGCGGCCCGGGCAGACGCAAAUCGUAACGCAGGCGGCCCGGUUGGCACGCGCGUGCCACCUCUUUACGAAAUGGACGCCCGGGUCCAUUACGAACUCCGAGGUCAUUCUGAACGGCAUGCCCAUCCAGAUGCUGGACGAGCACGACGAGCCUGUCGAGGGGUUCAACCGCCAUCUCACCGAGCGACGGCCCCUGAUCCCGGACCUGGUCGUGUGUCUGAACCCUAUAGAGAACUACGUCCUGCUGCACGAGUGCGCGCUGGUUAAUGUGCCUACGAUUGGAGUUAUCGAUACGAAUGCGGAGCCCACGUGGGUUACGUACGCUAUCCCGGCGAAUGAUGACAGUCUGAGAUGCUUAGCCGUCAUCGGCAGCGUGCUAGGACGGGCCGGCGAGGCGGGCCACGAGCGGCGUAUCAGCGACGCGAAGAAAGGCAUAGUAGCGUGGAAAACUCCGUUAGAUGUCGCCAAGUUCAUGGAGCAGGAGAGGGAGAGAGCUGCGCUCGAGUCCGCUUCGGCUGCCGAGGCGGCGCGGGGACGUGCUUAUCUCUCCGAGGAGGCCGAGGUUGGCUUUGGUACUGGAUUUCAGCAGAGUCGUUCGACCGGGGCGAGGUCAGACCCGGACCUAGAUUGA